GUGCUUAUUCAGAAUUGAAAAAAUAAGACGCCAUCGAAAAAUUCGAAAUCGUGCACCCUCCUGGAAAGGUCUAAAACUCCCAUCUUUCCAGGGGGGAGUUGUUCACAGAAUUGGCUAAAAAAUAAAAAUAUUGUGGACUAUGAAUCUAAAUACUUUAAGACGAAGUUUUGUUUUAACAAAAUCUCUAACAAAUUUGAAAAGGAGUUGCCCUACAUUGCAAUCAAGAAGAUUGCUCUGUGCAAGUGCAAAAUGGGACAAAACUAAGCUAGAUAGUCUUGUUCAAAACAGCAAAGUUGUUGUUUUUAUGAAAGGAGUCCCAGCUCAGCCUAUGUGUGGAUUCAGUAAUGCCGUGGUGCAAGUGUUGAGAAUGCAUGGAGUCGAUGAAUAUGACAGUCAUAACAUACUGGACGAUGAAGAUUUACGCAGUGAAAUGAAAGUCUACUCAAACUGGCCGACAUUCCCACAGGUAUAUUAAGUAGAAAUAUAGAGCGGUAUAUGCAAUUUGAUUGGCUCAUAAUUCUGCAAUAUGCAGGUUGAUAGGUUGGUGUAAUGAUGAUCACAAAAAUCUCACAACUUGUCAACAAGAUGUGUUCGCAACAGGCUUGUAGCGAGCUUGUCAACAAGUUGUAACAAUAAGUUCUUUGAAUGUUUACAUCAAGUUGCUACAAGGUUGUCACUCACAACUUGUUGACAAGUUGUUGAAUUACAGGAUGCUAACAAGUUGUUGGAACAGCUUGUACACAUAACAAGGCUGCUGCAGGUUUGUUACAACCUGUGUGGCUUGCAUUGAAACAUUUAAUUCUUUGAAGGAGGGAUGGAAAAACAUUCGGAUAGGGAGAUAUAAUUUGGGUGCUGGAUUAAGGAUUUAUGAACCCUAUUGAGGAGCUUCUUAGAGCCUGUUUAUAUGGAAGCCGGGUUGGCCCCGGUAAGUGAGAUCUCAUUGUGUAGUUAUUUUUAUAGUAAAAAUUAUUGUGUGUUUAUAUGGACAAGCGGCCUGGCCCGGUUGCUGAGAUCUCACUUACCAGGAUGGAAUAUAAACACUCACAAGCGGGCUAGCCUACAGUAGUUGUUGGGAUGAAAGUUCACAGAUACCGCCGCAAGCUAUUUUUAACAACUGUCAAAACAAUGUCAAAACAAAAUUGUCCUGUCAAAUGGGAUGGAAUUCUCUCAUGUAAACACAAGAGAAAUUCAUCCCGCUUACCACGUUGUCUCGCUAAGCCAGCCUGGCUUCCAUAUAAACAGGCCCUUAGAGAGAAUAUUGUUUGUUUUGUCAGGUGUAUGUUGGAGGUGAGCUUCUUGGUGGCUGUGAUAUUAUCAUGCAGUUACAUCAAAAUGGAGAGUUGAUUGAAGAACUAACUAAAGUUGGUAUCAGAUCUGCUCUGUUAGAUAAAGAGAAGGAGAAAUAGUAUUUAGUUUAAAUACACUGUCAUUCGAAACCAAACAGUAUUGAUCAGAACAUAAGUUCAUGUAUAGCCUGGCUGCCCACUGGCUAACUAUAGUGGCUGUGAGAGAAACUAAUUUAUAGAAAAGAUGGGAAAUAUAUAUUUUUGAACUUUGUUAAUUUCUGGCAUAAUGUAGAAUUUCACAAAGGACCAUUAUGUGACCAGUGCCACCGAGGGGGCCUGAAGAAAACUUCCCCAGGGGCCUCUGACAUUAUCGAAUUUGCCAAAUUAGGCCUCUAUGAUGUCUUAAUUGUAAAAUGGGAGAAACACUGCUUUACAAAAUAUUAUGAUUUAUUGCAUAUUAUCCGGUAAAUGAGAAUUUACAUUUUCGGUUAUUAUUAUUUAAAGCAAACUUGUAUCAAGAAAUUCUGAGGGAUUUCGUCUGGGGGCCCCUUUUGAGCUGCUGCGGGC